AUGUCCGAACUUCGUCGCGCCAGCCAAAUCAGCCAAAACUCCCUCAUCAGCUACCGCAGCGUAGCAUCCAGCCCCAGUCCAGAAAAUGUCGGGUCACCAGCAAGACAAAACUCACCUCAGACACCGCCGCAGGACCCAUCGCAUCCGCGAUCGUCGCCCGUUCAUCGCGUGCGUUUCGGCUCUGAUAUGAGGUUCGAGUAUGGUGAUACAGAGGACACAGAAAGUACAGAGUAUACAGAGGAGGGGGAACAAGAAGAAGAUGAGGAUGAAGGAGAGCCUGGCCCGGCGGUGGAAGAGGAUGUUGAAACCAGUCCUGGACCCCGGCUGGAGGGCCUCGGUCAUGGUCAUAUUCGCGCCCGUCAUAGAUCAUCGUCUACCCAAGGCUCUGGGUCGGUGGAUAUUACAGAAGCGGGUGGACAGCCAGGGAUUACAAACCAGCGCUCACUGAGCUGGCAUACGGAAUUGCCUCGACGUGAGGGGUCUGGAGAGACGGGGAAUGGGCGGAGAGCGUCGCUCCUGGCAAGAGUUAAUGGUAUCAGACACGCGGUGGUGGAUCGCACGAGACAGAUCGCGGCGAAAUUGGGUCGACCACCGGGGGAUGAUGAGGAUGGGAGGGUGAAGUCGACGACGGCGUUGGUCGGGUCUGAGACACCGCGAUCGGAGACGACUUCCCACGAUCUGAUGAAUGGCAGGCAGGAAGAUGAGAAAAAUGAAGGCUAUGGGCCGGAUGAUAGAAAUGGAGGUGAAACAAACGAUCGCAAUAAUGGCAAUGGGCGUUCUCGAGGCCAUCGUCGAAACCAGAGCUCAACCAGCUCCGAGGCACACAGGCUGGUGCGCGAGAUGACGAACGAACAGGCCAAUCGACAUAGUGCACAUAAUCGUGGUCACCCUCAAAUUCAACCUGAGAGCCAUGAUCUGUUGGCAGUUACCGGUGGAGGGGGCAUUCUAUCUCAUCUACUGCGGCUGAAUGCAGCUGCGAAUGUCCCAGACAAUGGUCACAAUCUUUCCUCGACCGAACCAAAUACCCCUGGAUUGUUACCGAGUAGCAAUCUUGGAACAGGGGCGAUGACUCCACGGAAAGAAAAGCGGAAGUGGUAUCACAAGCAGCACCAAAACGUGUCCACUCCGACUCUCAUAGCCAUGGGCAGCACUAUCCCGUCCAUGAAUGUCAGCGGCGCCAGCACACCUGUAUCCAGUGAGGUCUUGACGGCCGCAUCCAAACGGCGCAGUAAGCACUCCAGCGGUGCAAUGCGUCUGGAAGAUGAGAUCCAGGUGACUUUGCAGAUUGCGCAGAUCAUCGCGCGCCAGCGAUACAUCAUGCAGCUUUGCAAGGCCUUGAUGCGGUUCGGGGCGCCCACCCACCGACUUGAAGAGUACAUGCAUAUGACGGCGAAGGCACUUGACGUUGAGAGUCAGUAUCUUUAUGUCCCUGGAUGCAUGAUUAUGUCGUUCGACGACGCAGCAACUAGGACCGCCGAAGUGAAACUUGUCCGGGUCGUGCAAGGGGUCGACCUCGGACGACUGGCCGACACGCACAACGUGUAUAAGAACGUGGUGCAUGAUGUGUAUGGCAUCGAGGAGGCCAUCCACGAGCUGGAGGAGAUUAUGAACAAGAGCCCUCGGUUCAAUAAAUGGGUCAUCGUCUUGGUAUAUGGACUCGCAACCGCCAUGGUCGGUCCAUUCGCAUUCAACGCCCGCCCUAUCGACAUGCCCGUCAUCUUCUUCAACGGCUGCCUGUUAGGAGUCAUGCAGCACGUUAUCGCCCCGCGCUCCGCCCUAUACUCCAACGUCUUCGAAGUCUCAGCCUCUGUCCUGACCUCGUUCAUCGCCCGUGCCUUCGGCAGCAUUGUCACUUCAUGGCCUAAAGGCACGCCCGACCGACUGUUCUGCUUCUCCGCCAUCGCCCAGUCCUCCAUCGCCCUGAUUCUCCCUGGGUACACCGUUCUCUGCAGCAGUCUGGAACUGCAAAGCCAUCAAAUUGUGGCCGGAUCUAUCCGCAUGGUCUACGCCAUCAUCUACUCCCUCUUCCUCGGUUUCGGCAUCACCGUUGGCACAACCAUAUAUGGACUCAUCGACCCCUCCGCAACGUCAAACACGACCUGCCCAAGCGCUGGUGCCUUCCCAGACCCCUACCUCCAACGCUUUCCCUUCGUCGCCGCCUUUGCCCUCUGUCUGAUGAUCGUGAAUCAGGGCAAAUGGAAGCAAUCCCCGGUCAUGGUCGUUAUCGCUCUAGCGGGUUACAUCACCAAUUACUUCGUCACGAGGCGUCUGGGCACGACCUCCCAAGUCGCCAAUACCGUCGGCGCAUUCACCAUCGGCGUCAUUGGUAACUUGUACAGUAGACUCUGGCAUGGCCAUGCGGCGGCAGCCAUCCUACCGGGGAUCUUCGUCCUCGUGCCGAGUGGACUGGCGGCGACGGGGUCGCUGGUCACGGGCGUCGAGACGGCGGAUGAAACAAGAUCGAAUGCCACGUCGCAUGGCAGUGCGAAUCAACAGGGUCAAGGUACUGGCCCGACUCAUGAUAUUUCGGUGCAAAUAUUGGGAUAUGGCAUGGUACAGGUGGCCAUUGGGAUUACGGUGGGACUGUUUGUGGCAGCAUUGGUGGUUUAUCCGCUGGGAAAGAGGAGGUCAGGAUUAUUUAGUUUUUAG